AUGCGGCCGUCUUUCCCGUCUAUACUCGCUCUUGUUUCCGCCUACCUCAUCGCGCCGACCGUAGCCCAGAACCCGUUCACUUGGAACGGCGUUCGGUAUAGCUGCAAGUGCUAUGAAGGCGAUUCUUGCUGGCCAGCGGCUUCGUUGUGGUCCCAACUGAACGCGACUGUGGAGGGGAAUCUCCAGCGUGUCAUUCCCGAUCCUGCGGUGUGCUACAACACCUUCGAAGGCCAGUCGACGUACAACCAGGCGGCGUGUCAAGAGGUGACGAGAAACUGGAGUAACCAGCAAUGGCAGAGCGGACGUGCUGUUUCUAACCACUGGAUUCUGUGGACCAACAACACCUGUCUCCCGACGACGAACCGAAACGCCCAGUGCACCCUCGGAUUCCUACCUCGAUACGUGAUCCUGGCGAAGAAGAAAGAACAUAUCAAGGCCGGCAUCGAUUUCGCUAGGAAUAACCACGUCCGUCUCAUCAUUCGCAACACUGGCCACGAUUUCAUGGGCCGUUCGACGGGUUACGGAUCUCUCGCUAUCAAUACUCAUUCGUUCAAAGACGUCACCUUCCAUGCGAACUACAGCGGUCCUGGAUGGUACAGCGGUCCUGCGGUGACGGUAGGCGCUGGAAUCCAGGGUCGCGAAUUGUUGAGGUUGGCGAAUCAGCAGAAUCCUCCAGUGGCCAUUGUGACUGGAGAGUGCCCCACGGUCGGUUUCGCUGGAGGUUACAUUCAAGGUGGAGGACACGGACCUCUCGCUUCGUACUACGGAAUGGCCGCCGACCAAGCCCUCUCGUUCGAGGUUAUCACUGCCGACGGAGAAUAUCGCACCGCCAACGUCGUAGAGAAUCCCGACCUCUUCUGGGCUCUACGAGGUGGUGGACCAUCCACCUUCGCCGCCAUCGUUUCCGUCACAGUCAAGACCUUCCCCGAAGUUCCCACCGCAGGCGUUAUCAUGCAGCUCAACACCUUCAAUCAAGACACGUUCUGGAGGGGCUUCGCCGCCUUCCACAACCUCGCCAAUCAUUUCGUCGACAACGGCAUGUUCGUCUACUACGAGCUCUUCGGCGCCAGUCUCAACAUUCGACCGUUCGUCGGACCGAAUAUGAAUGCUGCGAGGAUCAACCAAGUUCUGCAACCCUUCUACGACCAACUUCGAACGCUCGGGAUUCAGUACAGCACGACGGUGCGCGAGUAUCGCACGUUCUACGACCUCUACAUCGAUAUGUUCCAAGACGAAACCGCCGGUGCCAACUCGCUGGUUGGAGGUCGCCUAUUCACCAAGCAGGAUAUCUCCCAGCACGGGAAUCAGAUUGUCGAUGCCAUUCGACGCGCAGGUGGAGGUAUCAUCGGGCACAUUGUUGGACCAGGUUUCGGUAUGCCGUGGGUCGACAACGCUGUCCACCCCGCCUGGCGUAACGGCUCCUCUUUCAGUAUCACCAACGUCAUGCUCCCCAACACCGCUGGCUCGCUCUCGCAGAUCCCUGCUGCUCAGCAACGUCUCACGAACGAGAUCGAUGGACCGAUUCGAGCUGCUAGUCCGUACGGUGCUGCGUAUGUGAACGAGGGGAAUUUGGAGGAGCCGAAUUGGCAGGAGGCGUAUUGGGGGAGUAAUUAUCCAAGGCUGAAGGCGUUGAAGGAGGAGUGGGAUCCGCUUGGGGUGUUUUAUGCGAGGACGACGCCUGGGACGGAGCUUUGGGAGGUUAUUGAUUUUAAUAGGCGGUUGUGUAAGCGACAGGGCUGA